UCUUGGAGAGAGACAUCAAAUUCACAGUUUUCUCUUUUUACUUUGGAUAUUUUUAAAUACUUUAAUGGACGCGGGAGGCAACAUGGCGUGAAGGGGCUUCCGUAGUUUCUCUCCAUUAAAUAUUGUUAAAGAGGGCAGCAUGGCGGAGGGGGAGGAGGCCAUGAGUCAGGAGGACUGGAAGGAGAAGUGUUUGGUCCUGGAGGCGCUGCUCAUGAAGUUCAGAGUGCAGAUCAUCAAGAUCCGAGAGCUCACCGCUGACAAGAUUCAGCAGCUGGAGACUCAGGUGAUCGACGCAGAGAAACGAGCGUUCACCGCUCAGCAGCAGGCGCAGUGGAUGGAGGAGAAGCUGAAAGCUGCAGAUGUUCCGUCCGGAGACUCGGAGGUGCGUUUGUUUCAGAGGUGUCAGGAGCUGCAGGUGUCACUGCAGGAGAGGGAGGAGGUCAUCGCCCGGAUGGAGCUGCAGCUGGAGGAGCAGAAACAGAACCGACUUCAGGACGCAAAAACUGUGGAGGAGAAAGCCGCUAAGAUCAAGGAGUGGGUGAUGCUGAAGCUGUCAGAGUUUGAGGUGGAGAACACAGCCUUAAGAGAAACCAACAAGCUGCAGGAGGCUCAGAUCAAAGACUUACAGAAACAAGUGCAGGCGUUUGAGCAGAAGUGUGCAGCCGAGGCAGGAAGAGGACUCCAUCACCGACCAGGUGAAGCACAGCGUCUCAGCAGUCUGACGUUCGGCUGUUUCCAGGUGAGGGGGAAGAGUCCGCAGGUAAUGACCGGGCCCGCCCUCCAGAGGACCCUCAGCACCCAGGGGGAGACAGAGGAAGGGGACAAAACGGAGAGGAGCGCUGCUCAGACCUCCUCUUCAGGAUCAGACUCUGAGCUCCACAGACCGGAUCAUUCUGGACUCCUGCAGGAGGACAGCGCCUCUGAAAGUCUGGGUGACAACAUGUGUGGAGCUGAGUCCAGGGGGGUCUCCUCGGUGCUGUCCAGCGCUGCAUCAGAGGGGGAGGGGGGAGGAGGAGAAGGGGGUGAGGACAGCAGGGAGAGAGGCCUGGAGUUCAGCCGGCCAGGCAGUGAGACGUACCUGACGGCAUCAGACGACAGCAGCUCGAUGUUUGAUGACGACAUGCAGCGAGCUGAUCGUCCACGCUUCAGCCUGCAGGGGGCAUCAGAGGGGGGGAGUCAGGGGGGAGAGGGGGAGUCUCAGAGGGAGGACUGCACCUCCGAGGAGCUCAACAAACGUUUCCAGUCUCAUAGACUGGACUCAUCGUCCUCCUCCAGCGAAACAAACACCCCCGCCCUUACCCCAAAACGACCCAACGCCCCUCAGGACCCGAAGGACACCCCCGCCUCCCCCAAACAGCCCCGCCUGCGGACCCCAGCAGGGUUCGGCCUGAUGAACGUGGCUCUGGCUAAGAAACACCUGAGCCAACCGCCGAUCAGCCGAGAGACAUUGCAUGGACAAACACGCAACGCUCUGAGCAUGCUCCGCCCCCUCCGGCCCCACGAGACGGACCUGGACCAGGAGCAGGAGGUUGUCAUGGAAACUGAGAAGGACAAGCCCACAUUUCCAGCCCUACAGAGCUCACCCUGUCCUCCUGAACCUGGUGCAGAGAGGCAGGACGGUGACAGCUCAGCACCGGGUAUCAAACCUCCAACACCCCCGCUGCACAGACUGCCCUCCUGGGAGAGUCGUAUCUACGCUGUGGCUAAAUCCGGGAUCAGACUGUCGGAGACGUCCUGCUCAGAUGCUGCCAGUAAAGACCCAUCCCUGCAGUCCUCCUAUCCGGCCUUCGUCAUGUACACCUCCCUCAUCUAUAAAAACAUGACCACACCUGUCUACACCACUUUGAAGGGGAAAGCAACACUGCUGAGCAGCAGUCCAUUCUCCGACGAGUCGUCAAGCUCCGACGAGUCCUCAAGCUCCGGAGAAGAGGACGGCUCCAUCUGCAGCUCCCGCACCUCCUCCAGCUCCCGCAAAGACAGCAGCCCGGGCAGCCCGCGCUCGCUCAAGAGAGCUGUGUCCAUGUCCUCGAUGACCUCCGAGAGCGACUACGCCAUCCCUCCUGACGCCUACUCCACCGACACAGAGUGCUCCGAACCCGAGCACAAGCUGCCAAAGACCUGCUCCUCAUCCAGUGACAACGGGAAGACUGAGCCGAUGGAGAAGUCGGGCUACCUGCUGAAGAUGGUGAAGACCUGGAAGAAAACCUGGAAGAGACGCUGGUUUGUCCUGAAAGACGGAGAGCUGCUCUACUACAAAUCACCUAGUGACGUGAUCAGGAAACCUCAGGGUCAGAUCGAGGUCAACGCCAGCAGCAGCAUCGCCCGCGGCGACGGAAAACAAAUCCUCCAGAUCGUGACGGGGAAGCGUGUGUACUACCUGAAGGCCGACUCUCCUAACCUGCUGGAUGAGUGGCUCAGGACGCUACAGAGCGUGCUCAGACUGAAAUCUGCCAGUCCGCUCUUCACCCAGCCCGACAUCCGGCCCAGCAUGAAGGGGCUGCUCGUUAAGGUGAAGCAUGGAUACUCAAAGAGGGUUUGGUGUGCACUGAUCGGGAAGACUUUGUUUUAUUUCCGCAGCCAAGACGACAAGUUCCCUCUGGGUCAGAUCAAGCUGUGGGAGGCCCGGGUGGAGGAGGUGGACAGGUCAAGAGAUUCAGACGAUGAGCUGAAGGCAUGUGGGCGGGGCUUACAGGUGGCACCUUUUACCAUCACCAUCCACCCACAAGAGCAGGGGCCGACCUACCUGCUCAUCGAGAACAAGCAGGAGAAGGACUCGUGGCUCUUCCAUCUCUCUGUGGCAGCAGGAACCUCGGUGGGAACCGUCGGCACCGACUUUGAACAGCUGCUGGGAAAACUCUUCAAACUGGACGGAGAUCCCAACUCUCCCAUCUGGAGACAUCCCGUGUUGUGUUUCAGUAAAGAAGGUCUGUCGUCCCCUCUCACCACGCUGCCCUCACUGGCUCUGCAGACAGAGGCGGUUAAACUCUUUAAGACUUGUCAGCUUUUCAUCAACGUGGCGAUCGACGCUCCGGCCAUCGACUACCACGUGUCUCUGGCUCAGAGCGCCCUGCAGGUGUGUCUGACCCACCCCGAGCUGCAGAACGAGUUCUUCUGUCAGCUCAUCAAGCAGACCCGCAGGAGGCAGCCUCAAGGCCACCCGGGACCCCUGCAGGGCUGGCAGUUCCUCGCUCUGUGUGUUGGACUUUUUCUGCCUCAGCAUCCGUUCCUGUGGCUGCUGCAGGUUCACCUGAACAGACACGGGGACUCCAGGACUGAGGUGGGUAAAUAUGCCAUCUACUGCCUGCGCUCCAUGGAGCGGACUCAGCAGAAAGGAGAGAGGCAGGGAAGACCGUCCCGAAUGGAGAUCCUGUCCAUCCUGCUGAGGAACCCCUACCAUCACUCUCUGCCCUUCAGCGUGCCCGUCCACUUCCUCAACAACACCUACCAGGUGGUGAGCUUUGAUGCUUCGACCACGGUGGAUGAGUUCCAGUCUCGUCUGAACCAAGACACCAGCAUGAGGAAGACCGGUCUCUCCGGGUUCAGUUUGUACACCGACGACCCGACGGGGCGCGAGCUCGAGCACUGCCUGCAGGGAGGCGUCAAGAUUUGUGACAUUAUCUCCAAGUGGGAACAAGCUUCGAAGGAGCAGCACACGGGCAAAUCAGAGAACACCCGGACGGUGCGCCUCACCUACAAGAACAGGUUGUACUUCUCUCCCCAGGUGAGGGGGGAGUCUGAGAGGGAGAGGCUGCUGCUGGCUUAUCAGACAAACGAGGCCAUCGUAGCGGGACACUUCCCCGUCAACAAGGAGCUCGCGCUGGAGAUGGCCGCCCUGCUGGCUCAGGUGGAGUUUGGGGAUUUUGAGCGUCCAUUCUCGGCUCCAGGAUCAGCCCAGACCAAGUCCAACCAGACCCUGAAGCAGGUUCUGGACAGAUUUUACCCCAAGCAUUAUCGCAGGAGCACGUCUGAGGAGCAGCUCAGACUGCUGCUGCAGCGUCUCUCCGCCCGCUGGGCCUCUCUCAGGGGUCGGACUCCAUCAGAGUGCGUCAGGAUCUACCUGACGGUUGCCAGGAAGUGGCCUUUCUUUGGAGCCAAAUUAUUUGAAGCAGAGUCAGUCACUGCAUCUCCUCAGCAGGAUGAGCGUGUGUGGCUGGCCGUGCACGAGGAUGGGAUCAGUGUCCUGGAGCACAACUCUGUGAAGCCGCUGGUGUCCCACCCCUACAAGACCCUGAUGACGUUUGGGGGCUGCAGACAGGACUUCAUGCUGGUGGUGGGACAGAGCAUGGCGACCAACGGCAGCAAGGACAAACCGACAGAGAAGCAUCUGUUUGCUAUGGAUGCCUCCAAGAUCCGUGAGAUCACUCUCCUCAUCUCCAGUUACGUCAACAGCGCUCACCAGCAGAAGGCCGCCGCCCACCACCUCUCUGCCCCCGCCCUCAUGGUCGCUCAGCCCGUCAGUCUCAAGAGCAAAGAGCUGAGGAGCAAAUCCCCCCCAGCCCUGGGACGCCCCAGCAAGGCCCCCACACUGCUGUGAUGGGACGCAGACAAAAUCCAUGUUUUAAAUGAAAUGAAGGCUGCAGACACGUCCUGAAUGUGAGUCUCAGUGGGUCAGAUUCACUCCGUCUAUGAAUAAUGGUCUCUCUCAGGGGGACUUUAACCUUUAACAUCUAUUUUUACAUAUUUCUGUUUGAAAUGACUAAAGAUACAAAAAGGUUUUGGUAUUGCAGCACUCACAGGAUGCAUCAGGAAUCAUGGAGGAAAGGAUCAAAAUUCGUCCACUAAAAGUUCUGACAACAUUACAGAAAAGAUUCCUGCAAAGAGAGACCUUUUAGUUUAAGAGGAAGAUUCUCUUCUUGACCAGAAACAGCUGGAAACAUCCCUCUCUUUAAGAAUCCAGUCAUUUAUUCUCACGGAGCAAAGCACAUGAGUUCUUGAUCUUCCACUGCUUCAACAAUUUGAUUAGCAUUACGUUGUUAUUGUGCUUCAUUCAAACUAAACUUUAGAAACAAAGUCAAACAAACCAACAUUAAAAACUAGAGCCCGACCGAUAAAUCAGCAAGCUGAUAAUAUCGGCCGAUAUUAGCUUAUCCAGUGACUAUCAGUAUCGGCUGAUUUUAUCUCAGAUAUGCGCCAACUACUCGAUUCACCAGCCAGACAGCUUUUCAUUUGAGUUUCUGUGUAUUACACUAGCAGUUCUCUUUCACCAGUAGAGGACGCUAUAUGGAUUACAACAAACAUCAUCACUCUCCAGAUUGUCGAGCGGUGACGCACGUUCAUGCUCAGUUACUUUCCAGUGGAGUAACCUUCUUGUCUUUAUUAUAAAUCUUUUCCAACAAGUGUUUGAUAACUGCAUAUGGGGGAUUAUAUCCACACCUUUCUUGACAGAUUGAACAUAGAUCUAAGAAAGAUAUUGGCUGACAUAUCGGUAUCUGAUUUUUUUGUCUUGCAAAUAUCGGUAUUGGCUCCAAAAAUCACAUAUCAGUCGGGCCUUAAUAAAAAUGAACUGGUUGAGGUACUGGCAGACCAAAAACUACACUUGAUGUUUUUGUCUGUGGAGUCUGGUAGUCUCUGAGUUUUGUUUGUGUUUUUAUUUGUAACAAAAUAUUCUGUUCUUAUAAAACCAGCCCUUUUAGCAGAGGAUUCCUAUCCCCUGGGGACCUCUGGUGAUUUGUUGCAGAGGUCGUCUGUGAGUCGGCCAACAUGUCAGACAAAAAUACAAAGGACAAAAUAACUGAUGGUCUCACCCUCCAGAAUUAACAGAAUCACUUUCCUCUAAGACACCGGACUCCAGAAGAAAGUUGCUGAUCUACCUCCCCAUCAGGCAGAUAGUUUCUUAAAUUUAUAUCCCCACACCUGCCUGUUUGACUUGUUUGCAGUAUGGGCCAUUUGCAUAGAGAGUUGUUGGGUUUUUUUUACCCGAGAGCACACACACAUAUACACGCUGGGUCUGAUUCAUAAAAGGAUUGUGUGUUUGUGCAUGAUAAACCUGUGCAACUGAGACGUAAAGACACGUCUAAUUCACAAAAUACACGCAAACUGUCUCUGUGGUUGACCUGUGACCCGUACAGGGUGUAACCCCGCCUCUCACCCUGUGACAGCUGGGAUUGGUUACAGCCCCCCGUGACCACAAGUGGGAAAAAGCGUGAUAGAUAAUGAUUGGAUGGAUGGACAUGCAAAGGGUUAAAUGCUCCUCUAGAAGCUUCAGAGCAAACAGCCUCUCUGUGCUGCUUAGAUGUACUAUCCCUGGAAAAGUCCUCGUUGUGGACAUACAGCUGUUCAGUGUUAUACAUCAUUGUAAUAUGAUGAAGGAGACUGAACACUACGAUGAGAGACGGAGGCAUCUGAAACGUCCGUUUGUGUGCAGGGAGACAGCACUGUGGAACGCCUGCAGGAAGAAGAAACCAGUCUGUGGCUGUAGUUACUGAUUGGCCAGCAGAGAGGUGGAACUUUGAUCCUGCAAAAACACUUCACACCUUUGUGGUGAAGGAGAACUGAAGCAAGUCGUGCAUUCUGCAUUUUAUAUGACAAAGCUCUAGAGAAGUAAAGCAGGGUCAUGUUUAUUUAUGCUAAUAUGAGGUGAGAGGAAGUGACAGGUGGUUAUCGGAAAUGUACGCUGGUCUUAGAGAACUACAGCAUGUCCUGUUGAAGGGGAACUGGAAUUUUAUGUACGGUACUUUAAGCAGAUGUUUGUUCCUUCCAGUGUUCUCUCUCCGGCCUGAACUAAGCGGCAUGUUUCAUAUUUAUUUGUUUUAUUAAAAAAAAUAAUAAUAAUGGAAUAAAUAAUUAUUUUAAGAGUCAACAAUAAA